AAUUAUUUGAAUGCCUUUAUUUUCGUGAAAAGACUAUUACUUGUUCUAAAAAAUAGCUAACAACUUUUUCCCUAGACAUUUUCUCCAAUGGUUAUUUAUUCUAGCCUUUUUAUAAUUAAUAAUCUUUUUUUUUUUUGAUAUAUACGCAUAUAUCUGUGGAUAUAUUUGACCAUUUGUACAAAUGUUUUAUGGAACUAAUGAACUAUACAGAAUACGAAAAAAGAAUCAAGAAUAUCAGAACCACCAUGACAAAUUAAAUUUAAUUUGUCAUUAGAACCACGAUUUAAGAUAUGAAUCGUGAUCAGAACAUGGAUGAAAGUGAUGUUGGGACAAAUGUAUAAUACCCGUGCUAACGUAUUUGACAAAUUUUGAUCAAAACGUGAUAAGAGUUAACAAUUGAACUUCCUCGUGAGCACGUUUAAGACGUGCUCGUGAGUUUGAGUUUUGUUUACUACUAAACAUAAUCAAUCUUACUAUUUAACGUCCACGUAGUUAAACGCUAACUAUGAUUGUAUUAUAUUUUAUAUUAUUAUAAUAUAUGUAUGUAUAAUGUAUUUAUUACAUAUUAUGUAUUGUUAUAUUUCGUGAUAAUACCGUUAAACGAAUGUCCAAACGUGCUCUCAAGUUUUAAAUCAGUCAUUCAAAACAUUCAGACAUUCAACUUUAAUUGCGUUCUGACCUAUAACUUAUGCUUAGAAACGAGAAUAUGGGUGAAAUUGAAAAUCCAUACAUAAAUACCAUCUACAGACAAGUAGUUACUGAACAUUUUCAAUCAAAUGAGUGGAGGGAAAUUUUGAUUAAUCCUGAAGGUGCUUCAACUACUCUGCUCGAUGAAAGUACACUACCUCGAUCAGGCGGACACUGUUUCAAAGAUAUUCCAAACCGUUUUAUAUUUUGGCGUGUUUUGUAUGAUAAACUUGAAUUAGUCGAGUAUAGUUUAGACAUGAAUCUUACAGAAAACCAAGUACGUAUACAUUUUUGUGAUUCGCCUGUAUUGGAAAGUGGAAUAUCUGUGCAUGAGACAUUAGAAUCUGUUGUUUUAUUAGUGCCGACAGCAUGUAGUUGUCACCGAUUGACAUUUCCGCGACCAAAUCGUCUGGAAAAUGUUAAUGACAAUGUGUUAUUGGAUUCAUCAAUUUUUUCAAAUUUUAAUGUACCAUCUAUUGAUGAUCCAGCAACAUUUUAUUCUUAUAAUGCAAAACUUAGCAAUCCAUAUUCAGCUGCUUCUUGUUUAGAUCAAAAACAUGAUGCUAUAUUUAUAAUAGCUCUUCAAAAUAAUGUCAUGCUCUACAUACGUAUGGAGUAUAUUUCUGGACUACCCACAUCAAAAGAAAUUUGUCAAGAAUCUGCUGUACCUCGAAUGCUUUCAAAUAUAACCAAAGUUUUUUCUACACAUACUGAGAAUCCAGUUAUUAAUAGUUUAGUUGUACACCCAUUUCAACAAGAUAUUUAUGUAUAUUCUCUUGAUAAUACAUGUGAAUUAAAAGUUUGGUCAAUCGAGAAAUCUAUCUAUAUUUAUAUUAUGGAUAUGAAAAAAAUAUAUGCAGCUUCAACAGAAAAUGGUUCAAAACCACAUAUUAUUCACAAAAGUUUUGAUGAUCAACUUUUACUUACUAUUUACCUCAGUUUAUCUGAAAGUUCAACAUUUGUAGUGCUUGAACCAUGCACUGAUCAUGGUAUGUUUAAACUUCAAGAAAAGUUUAAUGUGCGGUCACCCAUAAAUAGUAGAUUAGUUGAUAUGUCAUUGUAUGGUAAUGAAAUUUGGUGCAUAUGGAGAACAGGAAAAGAUACUGCUUGUGUUAAAUCUGUAAAUAUCAGGAAUGGUGGAUGGAAAGAUUGUUCUUUGGAUAUUACUGUUUUUGAACAAUCUAUUCAAUAUUCAUCUAACCCAAAACAAAAUUAUUUGGAUAAAAUAUUUUCGUCUUCAACCUAUUUUACAAAUGAUGAUUUGAAAAACGCUAUUGCUGUUUAUGAUACAUCUGAUGAUUGUGAAUUUAUUACUGAUUACCGUACCAAAAUAAGUAAUGUAAUCGAUACAAAAGUUGCUCAGGAAAUGGAUAAAUAUAACUCUGCAGAUAUUGAGUCACAAAUGCAACUAAUUGAACAAUGUAGUGUCAGUUUUUAUAAAAGCUGUUUAGAUUACCGACGUAAAAGAUUAGCUCCUCUUGGACUUAUUUGGUUAGGCUCACCAUCGUUUUUAGUAGUUGUUGUUACAAAUUCAAGCUUUUGUUUUUUGCGACCAUCAGACAAAAUCGAAAAUAAUAUAUUUUCAUUUAAAAAUCCUGAAAAUGAAACCAAAUUAAAUAACUUACUCAAUGUGCUGAUGUCAGAACCAAAAAGUAAUUUUAAUUUGUUUUUAGAUAUCAAUAUGUCCCCAAAAAACUUUUUGGAAUUGAUUAGAAGUUGUUAUAUGUUUAAUAGUAGUGAUUCAAUUAUAUCAUUAUUUUUAAAUGGAUGUAAUGUUCUUGAUACUGUUCGUGUAUUAAUAAAGAUGCUGCAUGCUGAUUCAAAAAUAGAUGAAGAUAUGGAAGAUACACUAUAUUCAAGGUGUUUUAGAAGUAAAUUAGGUAUUAGUGUAGUUUCUCACAGUUUUCAUCAAAUAAUGGUGACACGUUUUGACUUAUGUUGUAGAUUGUUUACAUUUAUGGAGUUAAAUUCCAAGAAUUAUGGACAAACUAGAGAGUAUAUUGUUGAUGCUAGUAAUCUUGCUUAUAGCUAUUGGAUUCAAGCUUUAUUUUCACAUGAUAUAAAGUUAUAUGAAAAAAUGAUCUCUUCUAAUGUAUUGUUAGCCAGGGAACCAUUUAUGGAUUAUAUUGAUAGCUUGUUAAAUUACACUUGGCCACUUAUUGACGCUUCUACUCUUGUGAAAUUCUUAUUACAAGAGGGACAAUUCACAUUCAUACAACAAAUUGCUCAAUUAUUGGGCUUUAAUAAAUGGGAAGAAACAUUAAUUAUUUCAUACUUAUUAAAUAAUGAUCCAGAUAAAGCACUUAAAAUACUUAUAAGUGAUCUUAAAAAAAAUUUAGACAAUUUUCUAAAAGCUAUUACUCUGUUUGAAAAAUUUAGUUAUUAUGAUCACGCAGUAAAACUUGGAAAUCAUGCAUUGAAAAUAUGUAAAUAUACUGAAAAUAAAAACAUGACAUCAAUGUUUCAUUCUAACAAUUUUCUUAAUAAUUUAAAAUUAAAAGCUUAUAGAAGUGCAUACAAUAAUAUUUUAUGUUUAGAAGAUCAAGAUCGAAAAUUAAAUUGUUUGCAUACAUUUGUCUUAACAUUAUUAGAAAAUAAUGAAAAAGAAGAACUCAUGAGUUUUAAUUUUUAUGGUUUACAAAGCUCAGUAGAAGAUAUAGUAUUAAAAAAAGCGCGAUCUUUGUCAAAUGUAGAUGCAUAUCCUUUUUACAUGUUUUUAUGUUCAAUUCAUGAUAAAUAUGCCAAGUAUAAAAAACUAUCAAUGACAUUCUAUGAAUUAUAUUUACGGACUGAUACAUGUGUAGCCCAAGAACAAUAUUUAAGGCUAUCACUGUUAUACCUAGAAAUAUUAAACCCUAAUGAUGCUUGGUUUGUAACAGUUUCAUUACCUUUUUUUUCAAAGACUGAUGAUGUUCAUAAUGGAAUAAUACAAAUUGAGCACUUAAAAAAAUUAUGUUGGUUGGCUCGAGCUCGUCAAGAAAUUGAAGAGUCUACAAUCAAUAUAGAUGUACAAAGUGUGAUAUCUAUAUUGUUAACGAAACAUAAAUAUAAAGAUGUGAUGCGUUUGUCUAAAAUGUGGAAUUUAUCACUUUGUCAGCCAUUAAGAGAGUUGGUAAAAACUUGUUUAUCUCUUAUAGAUUCUGAAGAGUGUGAUAAAGCAUGGAUUUGGUUAGCCGACAACGGAGUUAGUGGUGAGGGCAUUGAUAGUAAAAAAAUAGCUUGGCAUUUUUUAGAGAAAUUAGUAAAUAGGUAUGAACAAGAAGGAAAAACAUUGAUACAUUAUCAUGUAGCUGAUGAGCUACUCAGACAUAAAUCAUUUUUACCUAAUUGGAUUGUCAAAACAUUUAAAGAAAGAAAUGUUGGUGAACUUUUACAAUUAUACUUAAGUUAUGGAGAAUUAAUACACUGUUCAGAUUUAAUAUUAGAACUUAUUGAAAAAGAAAUAAGUAGUGAUGAUACUGAGAGUACAUUUGAUAAAACAAUACCUGUAGAUAUUAUAGAAUGUGUAAUAGUAAAUUUAAAACAUAAUAAUUUACAGGCUGGAGAUGAAAUUCUUAAUAAAUAUAAAAUAUUUUGUGAUAAAAUUGUAGUACAAGAAAAUAAAAUGAAGUAUUUUUAAUAAAAAUGUAUAAGUUUUAUAUUUUGUACAAAUAAAAUUACUUAUGUUUUUGGAUACUUAAAAAUUACAAUACAAAUUUAUUUUUAAAAUUUUUAACUUUGUUCUAAUUGCUAAUAUGAAGUAUGUAAAUUGUAAAAUAAUUAUAAAAUGAAAUGUUUUUAUUUGUUUUAUAUUAUUGUGUUCACCUAUUCAUGCAAAUUCAAAAAAGUCAAAUCAGCUAAUUUUUAUAAAAUAAUUAUGUUUACUAGGUAAAU